UUGCCAAUUCCCACACCAGUCUGGAGAGAGGUAAAAAGAAAUAUUGGCUCUAACCAUAUGCUCAUAGACACAAACAUUCAUACAUAGUACACACGCCUUACAGAGCAGUGCAACAUCUCGCUCUUUCUCUGUCAGAGGAUUUCUCACACUGCUGUGAUGGGACACUUUGCUGGUUCUCACUCUGGACUUUUCUUCUCACACGGGCUGAAACAGAGAAGUGGUUUAGGAGGCACUGGAAAAAUAUUGCCAGACUUGAACUAGUUUGGACUGAACAUAAAGGACUGUUUUUUCUAAUACACUGGACAUCACUUCAGAAUGGCCACAAAAAGUCCAGUCCAUGUGACAGUGGGACACUGGAAAAGGCCUGGGAUCACUACUGAUUUAUUUGAAAUGAUUGAAAGAAUGCAGAGCAACAGAAUGGAUGAACAGCGGUGUACCCUGCCUCCACCCCUUAAGACUGAGGAGGACUACAUCCCAUACCCCAGUGUUCAUGAGGUGUUAGGCAGGAAAAGCCCUUUUCCUCUGAUCCUGCUGCCUCAGUUCGGAGGUUACUGGAUUGAAGGCACCAAUCACGAGCUGAUGAACGGAAAUGACCUGGAUCAGCUGCUGUCUCCUACAUCCCAAAUCAAGCUGGAAACCAACAUUACAGCCAAGAUCUACAGGAAACACUUUAUGGGAAAAGAGCACUUUAAUUACUACACAUUGGACAGCGCUCUGGGCCACCUGGUCUUCUCAGUUAAAUAUGAAGUGAUCGGGGACCAGGAGCACCUUCGUCUUAUGUUAAGGAGCAAAUUAAAGACAUAUCAUGAUGUGAUCCCGAUAUCAUGCCUGACUGAAUUCCCCAACGUUGUCCAGAUGGCCAAGCUUGUGUGUGAGGAUGUGAACGUGGAUCGCUUCUUCCCAGUGCUUUACCCAAAGGCUUCACGGCUUAUUGUGACGUUUGAUGAGCAUGUCAUCAGUAACAACUUCAAGUUUGGAGUAAUAUAUCAGAAGUUUGGACAGACGGUUGAGGAGGAGCUGUUCGGAAAUAAUGAGGAAAGUCCAGCGUUUGUGGAAUUUUUAGAGUUUUUGGGUCAGAAGAUCAAGCUCCAUGAAUUUAAAGGUUUUCGGGGAGGCUUGGAUGUGACACACGGACAAACAGGCACAGAAUCGGUCUACUACAACUUCCAUAACAAAGAGGUCAUGUUCCACGUCUCCACCAAGCUCCCCUUCACAGAAGGUGACACGCAGCAGCUGCAGAGGAAGAGACAUAUAGGAAAUGACAUUGUGGCCAUUGUGUUCCAACAAGAGAACACUCCUUUUGUUCCAGACAUGAUCGCAUCAAACUUCCUGCAUGCCUACAUUGUGGUACAAGUGGAGAAUGCAUGUUCUGACAAUGUCUUGUACAAGGUGUCAGUGACUGCAAGAGAUGAUGUCCCAUUUUUUGGACCAGCCCUACCUGAUCCUGCCAUAUUCAAGAAGGGAACAGAAUUUCAUGAAUUUUUAUAUACAAAGCUAAUCAACGCUGAGCACGCCUGCUACAAAGCUGAGAAGUUUGCCAGACUGGAGGAGCGCACUCGAGGAGCCCUGCUAGAGACACUGUAUGAAGAGCUGCAUAUCAACAGUCAGGCCAUGAUGGGGCUCGGCGGCGAUGAGGAGAAGCUUGAGAAUGGAGGAGGAGGAGGCGGUGGAGGCUUCUUUGAGUCUUUUAAGCGGGUGAUCCGCAACAGGAGCCACUCUCUGGAUGCCAUGAGUUUCAGUAUUGGGAAGCGUGCGGUCUCUUCUAGUCACAGCGGCAGUUUUACCCACAACAACAACAACAACGAACUGCUACUCUCUCCAGAGGCCCCUAAAUACGCUGGGAUAUCAUUGCUUGUCCCAGGGAAAAGUCCCAGUAAAUACGGACGCCGCGGCAGUGCCAUAGGGAUAGGAACGAUAGAAGAGUCUCUGAUCAUUCCUGGGAAAAGUCCAACGAGGAAAAAGUCUGGCCCAUUCAACUCUCGCAGGAGCAGUGCCAUCGGCAUCGAGAACAUCCAGGAGGUGCAGGAAAAGAGCAGCAGGGACAGUUCACCGAGCACACAGAAGAAUCCUGACAGUGGACACAUAUCACAGGAACCCAAGUCUGAAAUCUCAUCCAAUCAGAGCUCACCUGAGGUCCUUGUCACUAAGAACAGCUCGGCCAUGUGCUUCAGAGCUCCGUCCAUCCCUGAAGCUCAUGACUUGUCACGCUCCUCCUCAAAUGCCAGCAGCUUUGCCAGUGUGGUGGAGGAGAACGAGGCCGAGGCCACUGAGGACUACGAUACAGGCAUGGAAAGUCUGUCAUCAGCAGGGACUCCACACAAGCGGGACUCGUUCACCUACAGCACAUGGCUAGACGACAAUGUAAACAACAUCAGCACCACCAGAAGGGGAAGUUCAUCUGGUAUAGGCAAACCUCCCGAUGGUGGUAAAGGUCAAGAGCAGAACCGGACUGACAUCCGCUUCAAACUAGAUCGACCAAUUGACCACAAGUCUACAUCGAGCUGCUAGCCUCUCCAGUCUGAUUACAUCAUGGAUCUCCAUCAACAGCUACCAUUAAAGGCAUUCCUAUAAAACUCAUGAGCUCGGGUUUUCACCGUGACUGCUACUGCUGCUGAAGGUGAUGAUGAAGAUGAUGAUAAAAGAUGAAAAUAACUCCAGCCUGCUCCACAGUGACAGAUGACAGAAAUGACAGGAUUGUGAUUAUGUACAUAACAGACUAUGUCCUGCAUCAGACUCCUGCUUUACAGGUGACUCAGUGCAGCACCCAGUGAGAGUGAGAGAGUAAGAGGUGGGAAUGAGGGGCACAGGCUGAAUGAAGAGACCUUAUUUGCACUGCAUCACUUUCCUUUUCCUGGUGAAUUUCUCGUCUGGUUUCCACUCUGCGGAAUUUGGGCUGUUCUGUUCUGUUCUCAGUACUGCUUCUAGACCUUGUUAAAAAAAAAAUCAAGUGGGCUUGAUUUUCUAGGUAUAAACUGCUAUCUGUUUCUUAUCUUGGCAACUGCAUCCUAAAGCUGAGCCAUGUUGAGCUCCAAAUAUUCAAAAAAAAUGCAGCGUGCAGCAGGAGCUUGUUCAUCAGAUAAAGCUAACUGGAAUGUUUCUCAGCCAUUGGCAUGGGCGUGCUUUUUUUUUUUAAAAAAUACUAUUAUUAUUACUGUCUGAUUUUUGUCUAGGUAAUAACUACUGAUACUGAUAUUGUGUUCCACCUCCAGAAAAUAAUUACCGUCAAACAUACAAACUAAAGAGCAAACCUUUCAUCAGUGUCAUUCUCAGAUUGUCAACAAAACAAGAAAAAUUUUUCUUCUAUUUCUUUAAAUAGAAAUUGCAUAACAAAAAAUGGCUUACAUAAUCCUCAAAAAAGGUGAUUUAUCUCUCCAGCUAAGUAGCUCCAGCAUUCAUCAAAUGUGCUGAACUGUGUUGUUACAAACCUCAUAUGUCCUUCUAUAGUGAGAAAAGAGUUCUUGGUUAUUUCUGUGUAAGGGGCAUUCAUCUUACUUGUAUACAACACCAAAACCAUGAUACACAACAGACUGUGAGUUCUUUCUCUAAUGUGCUUAUUGAAAUAUAAAAUGUGGUCUUGAUUCUUUAUCAACGUGUUCAGACCCUAGAUCUGUGACGCCACUUUAAGUUUUAACGUCUCCCUAAAAUCAAACUUUCCCAUUCAAAUCCAUGCCACUACAGAAAGUAGUCAUAAAUAUUAAGAAUUUCUAUUACAGCUCAAGCUAAUGUGUUGUAAAAUGUCUAUUUUUUUUUUCAAAGAUAAAGAUUAAGUUUAUUUAGAUCAACUCUAUCUAAGCAUAAGUGUAAACCUGACACUGUCGUUGAACCUCAGUAAUGCCGAAAGCACCGAUCAUGUGUCUAGAGUUCACUGAGAAUAUCUAACACAACGGAUUCCAGUGCCUGUGGUUGCCUUAGUGUAAUGUACACCGGCAAUCAGGGAGGAAGUGAGGUAGCUGAAGGAAUAAAUGUGGAGUAAAUAUUCGAGUAUAUAUAUAUAUAUGUUUAUUUAUUUAAAAAAAAAAAAAAAGAAAAGUUUAACAUUGUGUUUUAUUUGUCUCAGUGGCCAA